AUGGCUCAUUUCUACCAAGGUUCCAGUAGGUCUACGGAAGCCGUAGGAUACCCCGUCAUGGUUGAAACAAGGGAAUCGAGCCUGGACGAUGCUCGCUUGGAGAAGGGCGUGCUCGCCGAGGCGGAGUGGAAGCCGGGCAGAAAGGAGUACGCCGUCAUAAUUACUCUCUCCGUCGUCUCGCUCAUGGUGGCUCUGGAUGCCACCAUUUUGGUCUCCGUCUUGCCGACAUUGGCCGUCGAACUUGGAGGCACCGCAACAGAUGCGUUCUGGGCCGGGACAUCCUACCUUCUGACAUCAGCCGUCUGUCAACCCUUCAUCGCUGCCUUGUCCGACAUUUUUGGGCGGAAAGAGAUGCUCAUCAUGUCCAUCUUCUUGUUUACGCUGGGCACCCUUCUGUGUGCACCCAUAGCCAAAACCUUCGCUGUCUUCUUCGUCGGCCGGUCCGUCCAGGGCAUCGGUGGCGGCGGUAUCAUCACCCUGAGCCAAGUUAUCUUUGCCGAUAUUGUUCCCCUCCGCCAGCGGCCCAAGUACUUUGGGUUGGUCCAAAUUUCAUGGGCAUUGGGAAGCGUGCUCGGACCGUUGAUUGGUGGUUUAUUCGUUGAACACGCCACUUGGGCUUGGUGUUUCUACAUCAAUUUCCCCUUCUGCUUCCUAGGCUUCAUUCUCGUCCCGAUUUUUGUCAAGCUCACCACCGCCAAGACGUCCCUGGCUUCAAAGAUCGCCCGUGUUGACUGGCUCGGUGGCUUUCUCUUUAUCGGCGGCUUGACCAGUUUCCUCAUUGGCAUCUCAUGGGGCGGUGUUCAGUAUGCGUGGGGGAGUGCCCAGACCAUCGCACCCAUCGUGGUUGGUAUCGUCACCGUCGUCAUCGCCAUCGUUUGGGAAAUCUAUGGAGCCCGAGAACCAUUUAUACGCCAAUCCCUCUUUAGUUCCGGCUCGGCCCUCGCUGCAUACAUUGGCACUUUUUUCCAAGGGUUUAUUCUUUUCUGUGCGCUCUACUACAUUCCCUUUUAUUUCACCGCAGUCAAGUUCGAGUCUCCAGUACGGGCCGGCUUAGAUAUAUUCCCGGCGACUUGCGUUUUACUUCCUACCAGUAUUGUCGUUUCACGAGUUACGGCUCGGAUCGGCCGCUACCGGUGGGCGAUCUGGGCUGGAUGGGUGAUCACAGCCAUUGGUUGUGGUCUCCUUGUUCUACUCGACACUGACACGCCGACGGCUGCGUGGGCUGCUAUUCUUGUCGUGUUUGGAGUCGGCCACGGCAUGCUCCUCACCAGCCUCAGCAUCGGGAUUCAGGCAAUAAGCGCUGUUGAGGAUGCCGGUCGUGCUGCGGCUAUGUAUGCCUUCACGCGUGCCCUCGGCAUGUCGAUCGGUGUGGCCGUUGGCGGGUCUGUGUUCCAGAACGUCAUGAUCAACAAGCUGGCCGAGCUGGGUCUACCCGAGAGCAUCGCGCACAACUCCGAGGCGUAUGUCGAAGUGAUGUCUCACAUGGAUCCACAAGACCCCGUCCGCAUUUCUUCGUUGCAGGCCUGUAGGUUGUUGACCUCCCCACGCAAGGCGACGAUUGGAGCACUGACACAUUCAGAUAUUACGGGCUUUCGUGGAGUCUUCUGGACCAUUACUGCGACUGCCAUCGCUUCCUUCUUCAUCAGCUUGGCGGUCAAGAAGUUCAGCAUGGACAAAGGUCUCCAGUCCCACUUCACGCUUGCGGGAGGGCGAGGAGCCAAUGCGCCUCUGAUGGCUGCCUCUUCUUCGACCAUGGCGUCUUCCGAGAGCCACUUGCCUCGCUGUCCCGCCAACAGACCCUUCCAUUUCGACAACCGCGCAGAGUCGGCCUUUGGGCCCGAGAGCACAUACUCAACCGCCAACAACUCGCAAUUUUCACAGACGGCCUGGCAAGCACACGACGGCACGACCAAUGACAGCGAGUCUGCUGUGGCCUACUACAUCCAACCCGGCGGCAGGAUCGUAUCCGUAAGCAUACAGCCCGACAACCGGCCCAGCUCUGGGAACCGGUCAAUGAGUGAGCUGGAAAGGCAGCCCUUCGGCACAGCACCCACUGGCGGGGAUCGCAGCUACGCCAUGAGCUCACAACCGCUACUUCAGGGAGGGAGGGAGGGGAGUCAGUUGGGGUAUUAUCCGGCGGAAUAUGAGGCCGAUAUUACGAGCAUGCCAAGGGCAUAUACCACGACGUAA